AUGGCGGCAGAGUCUCGUACUCCGCCGAGAAAAUCUGGCUUGGGCUUCCGCGUCCCAAGAGACGACACCGCUGAGCGUCUUCUCGACCCUCUUGAACAGCUUGACCCGAAGCCCAAGUUCACCGCCAACAUUUCCAUCAUCCAAUUCAUCCGCCUAGUGGUCAUCCCGCUGGCCAUUACUGACACGGUCCUCAUCGGAGUAUACUGCGACGGCCAUGCGGGGUGGGCAGUCUUCUUUGGGUCAUGGACCCUUUCGCUCAUCCUCUGGUCCGCUUUCCAGUUUAUCCGAGGAGUUUCCAAGUCGUCGCAACGGUUCGAGUUUCAGCUCGGCCAAUUCGCGUGCUGGUGUGGACGAGUCAACAGCAGCGGGAUUACAUCACGGCAGCAGCGUCCCUACCCUGUCAUGUUUGCCGACUUUGUCUUCUGUGUGCUGUUCAUCAUCUUGAGCGUCGUCGCCUUUGAGACCGAUAUCUGGAGUUACGACUGGUACUGGGACGAGCGUAGCAUUCAGAUCGGAGCUAUAAGCAUUACCUUGACCUGCCUACAAUUCGCCGUUGCUGUGUUGAACUUCUUUUCCCUUUGCCGAAAGAUGAGGAUCAUGAUCUUCGCCACCGAGCAUGAGGACCGAGCCGAUUCCGUUCUCGGGGUUGGCGAGAUCUAUACCGAUGACCAGUCGGAGCCACGAACGUCUGUCGCGUCUCUCGUCUAA